CGCAGUUCACGUCUCUACUCCCGCAGUGUCGCUCAGAAUGAAUAAGAAGGGGCACGUCACAUUGAAUAAAACAGUCUUAUGUUGCUUUUAAUUCAUCCUGGAUCACAACUGCCUUCUCAACGCGUCCCGAACCGCAAUGGAGGAAGAGGAGGGGCACAAAAAGAUGAAGUAUUUGUUAGUCAUCCGUUAAGCUAACCGGCUAGCUGCCGUUAGCACCAGGCUCCCGCAGGAAGCAGCAUCAGUGCUGCUGCUCAUUAUAAGAAGCAGGAAGAUGUACUUUCUCUACACCAUCAUCGCGUCUUUAGUUGCUUUUUUCAUUUUAAAAUGGAUGAAAAAGAGGAGAUAUUGUACCGAUUUGAAAAGACUUGAUGGCAAAACGGUUGUUAUUACAGGUGGGAAUUCCGGCAUCGGCAAGGAGUCAGCCGUUGCCUUGGCAACGAGAGGCGCCCGCGUCAUCGUCGCCUGCAGAGACAGCGGCAAGGCUGAGAAGGCCGUGAGGGAGAUCAGGUUCAGGAGCCGCAGCCUCAACGUCCUCCACAUGGAGCUGGAUCUCGCCAACCUGCGCUCUGUGAGGGAAUUCUGCAAGAACUUCCUCCAGAGGGAGAAGAGGCUUGACAUCCUGAUCAAUAACGCAGCCAUGCCCGGCGUCCUGGACUGGACGGACGACAGCUUCAGCAUGUGUUUCGGCGUCAACCACCUGGGUCACUUCCUCCUAACCAACCUGCUGCUGCCCCGCCUGAAGGAAUGCGCCCCCAGCCGGGUGGUCACCCUCACAUGCUCCACCUACAAAUACCAGAAGCUGAACUUCCAGGACCUCAACUACAACCUGCUGCCCUUCUUCACCUACUGCCGCAGCAAGCUGGCCAACAUCUACUUCAGCCAGGAAGUGGCCCGCGUCACUGAAGGGAAAGGAGUGACCUCCUACGCCGUGCACCCCGGUUUGGUCCAGAGCGGCUGGACGUGCCACUACUCCGUCCUGUUCCGCAUGCUGAUGCAGGUGGUCAUGUGGAUGUUUUUCGUGCCGUGUGAGGUCGGGGCGCAGACCGUCGUCUACUGCGCUGUGUCACAGGAAGCGGCCAAGCACAACGGGGGCUACUUCGUCGACUGCCGACCCGCCGCUCUGCGUCCCUUCGCCAGAGACGCUGGAGUGGCCAAAAAACUGUGGGAGGCCAGCGAGAGGCUGGUGAAGGAGGCCUGAUGGGGAGAUGAGGGCAGAUAUCUUUUUUCACCUUUUUGGGGCAUUUAAUCAAACAAACAUUCAAUUCAGAAAAUAUUCAUUACAGUUAAAACCCUAUUUCUGUUUUUUGAUAAACCUUUUAUAGUAAAACAACAAUUUAAAUCAGAAGCUAUUCUUAAUUGUCUUAAUGCCAUCUGUUGGAUUCAGUCAGAGUUUAGUAUUAAAUUAUCCAAUGUUCUCUCUACAUCUGAGUGUUUGAUUGAUUGACAUUAUUGAUUUACAAUACUUUUUUACUGUAAUUUAAUUAUAAUGACGACGUAUUCUUUUAAAAACUUGUAAAACACAUGAUUCAACGUGGUUGUGGGAGCUAUUAGCCGGUUAUUUAUUCUUAAACAAAUUCUUAAUUGUUUGGUUAAUUGGACCACUAACUGGGUAAUGUGGCCACCUGGAGGUUACUUAAGGGCAUAGCCAGGUAGGACCAGCAUGCACCUAGGUGCUAAAGUUUUUACCAGUGAGACAGAGCACUGCAUAGCAAAGCAGGCAAGUUAAUUUUAUGUGUUUGGUGGAUUCUGCAAAUAAAUGAGAAACAACAAGAAAAGAUCGCCUGGACAAUGCGCUCUCUUACUGCGUGGAAGGAGACAAACGGUGCAGCAGUGGCCCUUUGACAUUUAAAGAUUUGUAGGACAAAUGG